AUGUUCCAGCAUAAUAAGCCUCCCCAUUUCGCGAUUCCACAAGCUGAGGAUAGUCAAACUAUAUUGCCGAAAUUAGAUCAAGGAGAUGGACUUCCAGAUAUCCAGCGGAAUACCAUCGAAUCGGGUAUCUACAAUUGGCUAUCUCUAGCUGCCCGACUGGUCGUAAUAUUACCCUUUGUAAUGCUACUUAUCGCCGCGAUUGCUCUAAAUGGGAAACCUAUAAAUGAAGCCCAUUGGGAAAUGGUCCAAGUUGCAAUAAAAGUAGCAGUAACUCUAUUUCCUCUAUGCUUCGCGAUGAUUGUGGGCCAACUAUUGCAAAAAAUAGCACAGUUCAAACUCGAGCGUGGUGCGAUUGUAGGAACACUACAGCAGUUGGUGGGAUCGACUACCGUAUUUGGUACUUUAUCGACUUUAUUUUCCUUUCGUUCAUUGAAUCGACUAGGAAUUGGCCUCUUCUUCCUCUGGGCGCUUUCACCACUUGGAGCACAGGGUACCCUUCGGAUUCUCUCAGCUUCCUACAAGUAUACCGUCUCCUCGCCCCAUCUCGCAUAUCUAAACGUCGUCGCAACUUCUAGCCUGGUAAAUAAGACUCUCUGGAAUUACCAAAAUUCUGCAGCUGAUGAUCUGUUUAUUGCCGGUCUUGUCACGUACAAGGUUACCGGUCAAUCCAGUACUGAUCUUUGGGGAAAUGUGAAGAUCCCGAUCCUCAAUGAUACCAUGUCGGCUGGUAGUUGGAUCGAUACAACUGACCGAUCCGUUCCAUAUUCCUCCACUAUCGGUAUCCCACUGUUUGGUCUACUGGAAAAUGGUAACACAAGUGGCACUAUAACAACCUCUUAUAUCUCCUUUGAGUGUGCUGAUCUCGUCCAAGUGUCGUAUCAGUCUACAUUGUUCAACAGGAGUGCUUAUUAUCCUCCGUCCAUGACCUAUCUAAAUGGUACUAGUCAGGAAGCAGCAAUACUCUGGAUUGACGCGAUUUAUCAGGAAGGUUGGACCACGGGAAAUUAUUCGGCGGCCACGUGCUCAGCGACAUUGGUUCCUGUCGAAGCCUCGAUAAGCUGUAUCCGAUCUCUUGGUAUGGCUAGUACUCGAGGCGAGUGCUCAGUCACGUCAAUUCGAGUGAACAACGGAAACAUAUCUACAAAAGACCUCCCAGAUAUAUUUUCCGACGAAGAUUCGUUCAAUAAUUUCAGCUCUUCGAUCCAAAAAACCAUGCCUCUGGUCCACCCAGCCACUCCUUCCAUUAUGGAUGGUUUUAUGAACGAUCCAUAUACCCUUGGAAAUAUGAUGGAUAUGAACAUUUCCCUAUUCCAGAUGGAUCCUAUUCUUUUCUCUCAACGCCUAACGCAGUUGAUCAAUUCAUUCUACAUGGCUAGACUGGAAUACCAGUUUCUCACAAUGAUUUCCGUUCCUGGUAUGGAUAUCAAUAACACUGAUAACUUUACUGUCACGUACGGAUCAAGUUCUGCCGUUUUCAACAUUUCAACGGGGAGAGGUAGUCACAAAGAAACCUUCAUGACAUGUUCCAUUCAGGGUGUCUGGUUCUUCUUCUUUCUUUUGGCCACACUCGUUCUCAUAGCGUCAUGUAUAGCUACCUUUGUGAUCGCGUCGAAGAUACUGACUCCUGACAUUCUGGGGUACGUCUCCUCACUAACAAGGGAUAAACCGCAAUUCAAGUCAUUUAAGAUCCCAAGUACAUUGAAUGGAUGGAAGCGAGCACAGCUACUGGGAGACGUCUUCAUCCGGUUUGGCGAUGUCGAUCCUCAUUCUUCCGAUAUUGGUACACUUGAUAUUGGACUCAAAUCAUCGACAAGAAGAUCUAGAUCACACAGAGAGUUUCUCUAG